GGCAAAAUGGAAUGAAAUUGCGAAGCUAAUAUAACUGCUAACAUGAGCUUGGUUCUAACAGCUAUAUACUUGUAGUUGACCUAAGUAGUCAGCUUCCCUCCACUCUGUUGAACACUGCAUGCUCAUAGCUGUGCUGCUAUGCCUCGGACAACUAUAUCUGGCCAAAUGGCGAAAAGAAAUCGUGGGGGUCUUGAAAUGGAAGAAGAUGAGCCACUGACCUCCACUGCCAAGCGGACGUAUGCGGCCGACGGACUGGACUUUAGCCAGGCCUCGCAAGCACAAGUGCAACCGUCACAGAGAGCCAUGGACCAGGCCAAAAAGGCAGCAGAGAACAUAUCUGCGCAAGAGAAAAAAUCAAUGAUUGCAGCGAUGGUGCGCUACCUCAUCUUCAGUGACAAGAAGAAGGUACCUGUGAAGAAAGCACAAAUAGUGGAGCAUGUGCCCGGCCUGAAGGAGAACAGCCGUGCGUUUCCUCUGAUUCACGAAGCCGCAAAGGUGGAGCUCAACGAUGUGUUUGGCUUUGAUCUGGUGGAGACCACUCUGGGUACGCAGCGGUACUUCUUGCUUGUCAACACACUCUGCGUGGAGGCUGACAAAUGGAAACGUUCUGAUGAGCAGCUUAACAUGCUCGUCUUGGUGCUGACUGUAAUCUUCAUGAAGGAGAACCGCCUCAAGGACGAUGACUUAUUUCUCUUCCUGGAAAAGAUGGGCAUCGAAAGAGGGCGGAAACACCAGCAGUUUGGCGACAUUGAGAAGCUACUGAAUGUCCUUGCCCACCAGAGGUACGUCGUAAAGGAGGCAGACCAGAAUCAGGAAGAGGCUAGUAAGAAGCGUGCUUACAUCUGGAGCUGGGGCGUUCGUGCCUACAUCGAGGUUGAACCGAUGCAGGUGAUGGCGACAAUGUCUCGAAUAUACGAUCAACCGGCAGCAGAUUGGGCUGAGGAGUUCAAGGGUAUGAUUGACGCACACAACAAGAAACGCGCCGACAUCAUGAAGUAGCCUGACCGUGCACCGCUGUGAAUUUGCUUUCGCCAACUGGACAACUGGCCUGUCCGGCGUCGCCACGCUGGUUUGCAACACGGAUCGGAGCACUGCGAGACAAUGAUCGGCGCACGUUGUGACGUUGCCGACCUGGUGCUGAGCCUGCGCUGCAGCUCCUCUUGCCGUGCCGUGUCUAGCCUAGUUAAUGCCACGGGGCCGGGGCGCGCCACCCAUGCUGCUUUAAUUCGCGAACCUAACUACCGCGUGAAUGCCGUGCGUGCUCAAGCAUGUGUGUGUGUGUCUAGAUGUGCCCGCUGGCUGGGUGCUGGCCGUUCCGCUGCUUGCUGUUUGUUUUUGGCUUUUCUGUUGCUGAUAAUGCUGACAGCGGUGCUCUCCAGCUGAGCUGCUGGCCUGGUGACUGUGGCCCAGUUUGGCUAGUAAAUGUGUGGGUGCUAGAAGUCCUCGUCGGACCCUGUUUGGAGCACACCCAUUGUGGAGCCAUGUGGCCGGCAUGUGUCGUUCCUUCCGCGUGCAAACUCCUCUCGCCAGAUAUUCUUUCUCAUGAUAAUACAAAGAACAGUUCUAUAUACUAUCCUAAGCAACAUUCUAAAAGUUUUAUCCGUCGACUACCAAAGUUUGUGUUGGCACUUUUCUUGCCAAGCUUGCGUGCAGAAUAUUCAUACUCGGACUAGAUCUUCAUGAAACAAGGUAGACCAGGGACAACGUGUGCUAACUUAGUCUCAACCGUGUACAUAUAUCUGGUUCAUACUGAUUUUUUCCAUUACCAUAGUCCUCCUUUUUUUCUUUUUUCUCCAGCACUUUAUUUUUAUUAGAUCAUGACUGACCCUGUGAUAACGCUUGUACCGCACAUGUCAUGUAUACUGAUGUAGUGGUAGUCACAGUGUUGACAAGAGUACGCAUUCAUAUUA